AUGUCUCAAGCAACAGAGAUUGCCUUUAUUUCCUUGGUCCCGAAUUCGAACGUCGACGACGAGUCCAGCGACGCCAGUGAGGUGAUAAAGUCAAGCAUCACCACCGUGUCCGGCCAAGAGGGAUUCCAAGCUGCCUACUAUGGACGCCAUGUCGAGAGGGAGGACAUGCUGCAAUUGGUCGUCGACUGGGCGUCCCUCGAAGCCCACGAGACCUUCAUGAAGUCGGGCACCUACCAGCCAUUCCUCAAACACAUCCAAUCGAUUUCCACCGGCCCACCAGACUUCUUCCACGUCCACUUCGAAACGCCCUUCUCCCGGCCCUCCUCCGCGCCCGUCACCGAGCUCGUGACCCUGUAUUUCGAGGACUCGUACAACCCGGACGACUUCGCGGACAACUGGAAGAAGUUCUCCGAGACGGCGGCGAAGAAUGCCGAGGGUAUCCGGUCUAUGGCUUCGGGCUGGAGCAUCGAUGAUGUCAAGCACAAGAGUCUGGGUGAGGGGGUCAAGGGGAAGGCGUUUGUGGCGGGCAUUGGCUGGACGAGUGUCAAGGCGCAUAUGGACUAUAGGGAGACGGAGGCGUUCAAGGAUAGUGUGAAGUAUCUGAGAGACGGGCCGAAGGGGAUUGAGAUGCAUCAUGUUGAGUUCAAGGGGUAUAGGGAUUAUGCGUAG